ACCUAGUGGUAGAAGAAGACAAAGAAGCUUGUACUAACGAGCGAGAACGUGGGACGAAGAAGAAGCAGAAGAAGAACAAGAACUUCAUUCCACACUGCUCUACAACAAUGGAAGAAAAACGAGAGGCGGACAACAAGCCCCAGGAAAACAAGGAGCACCUGCAUGUCAAAUUUCAUGACAAUGCGCCAACCUGCCGGUUCUACCUGAACGUCAUCAUCACAUACCUUGCGCCCAUCUUCCUCCUCCCCUUAAUCAUCUUCCACAACACACGGAAAUCCCGCUGUGCGUACGUGCUCUUGCUGGUGUUCGCCAACUGGGUGUCUCGAAUUCUUCCACUUGGAGUAACGGCACUGAUGCCUUUGCUGUAUCUUCCUGCCCUCAAGAUACUUCCCUAUGACGUCGUGUUAGGGGAAUAUAUGAAUAACCACGUGCUCCUGACACUAGCAGCAAUUACGAUGUCGCUCGCGAUAGAAACGACUCAUCUCCACCAGCGACUGUCGAUGUGGGUAUUGCUGAAGUGCGGAGACUCGUUGCGCCAGAUCAUGGCCGGAUACACAAUAGCUACCUUCUGCAUCACCUUGGUGCUCAAGAACAGCGCUACCCUGGACAUCAUGGCCCCAGUGGUGGAUGCAACAGUGCAGGAGAUUCAUUACACGUACAUCAGGAACCUCUACCAUGAACACAUAGGAAGGGAGGAUCCACGCAAGCUUCCAAUUUCCUGUAUGGCAAUGGAAAUGAAUAUGAAGGAUGAAGAUAUGGUAAAGAUAACCACGAAGUUCAUUAAGAUCCGGAAGGUGCUGCUGAUAACGGUGGCGUACACUGCUGCGUUGGGAUCGGUGGGGGCUCUGAGUGGAACUGUAACCAACUACGUCACAAAAAUGCUCAUAGAGACGAAGUUUCCCAAGAACACUUCCGUGACAUUCAUGCCCUGGGCUACAGCAUUCUUCCCGGUCGCCCUGACUGCAGUCGCGGCUGCUUUCUUCAUCCUCUACUAUUCACACAUGCGAAGGCUAACACUGGACACCAACUGGAACGCCAUUUCAGCAUCCUUCCAAGCAAAGUAUCUCCAGCUGGGGCACGUAAGGAGAUCCGAAAAGGUGGUCAUCGUAGUGUUCGGUGUCGUGAUCCUGCUGUGGAGCACAAGAAAGCCUAUUUUCUUUAGAGGAUGGGCAAAUCUUUUCGAUCAACAUACCAUCGAUGACAGUUCCAUCGCCUUUAUGGCAGUGGCGGUUCUUUUUGCCAUACCAAUGAAGGGGGCAGACAUCCACAAGCGUAUCCUAAGCUGGAGUGUCGUCAGCCACAAAAUGGCCUGGGGAAUGCUACUCACCUUUGGUGGGGGCCUCGCCUUGGCGAACGCAAGCGAGCAAAGUGAGCUCUCCGAAGAUUUUGCGGAGCUUGUCAACAGCAUGCACAUCCAGAACCCGAUGCUAAUGCAACUCCUCCUUUCCGUGAGCGCCGCCAUCGUCACUGAAUUCACGCCCAACGAUGCAGCGGCAAAUAUGCUCAUACCUGUCGUCGUCACUCUGGCUUGCGGUCAUCGGAUAAAUCCACUGUAUUUCGUGUUCCCCGUGAUGCUAUCCGUGACACAGGCGUGCAUUCUACCAGCAUCAUCAUCAGUGAUUGCCAUCAUCUCUGAUGAAGGCCACGUAACCGUAAAGGAUUUGCUGGUUCCUGGUCUACUCGUCAAAUGCAUAUGCCAGAUGUUCAACAUCCUAUUCAUCAACACACUCGGAAACUUCGUUUUCGACCUGUCCCACUUUCCGGACUGGGCCGACAACUGUACCCAUACUUCGAAUGAAUACCAUAUUCAUCGAAGAGCUAGCGAUAUAACAUGAACAGAGGCUAUGAAGAUGAGUUUAUCAACCCAAGUUUACAGUUCUCUGAAGCACAGCAAUCUUUAGAAAAAAGCAAAAACUCUAUCUCUAAUAAUUGUUUCAUCGUAAGGAUAGAUUAUUCAAUAAACAUAUCAGUUAAAAUGUGCUGUGCACACUCUUCUUUAAUAAUUUCUAAACUGAAAACUUAAAACCAGACCACGAUUGGGAUGGAGGAGAUUGGGGUAGAGGCGUGCGCCGAUGCCGCUUUUGUCGUCGGCGGCGGCGUUGGGCCCAUUUCAGGUCGGCGGCGGUGGCGUGAACCGGCGUAACGGGGGCGUCAUCGGCGGCGGCGUGCUUCCUGCUGACGCGCUUUUCGAAUGACAUUUUUAGCGAAUUUAG